UUAACUGUUUAAGUUAAGCUGACUAAGUUCCUAAGGGUGAAGUUGUCUCUUUUAUUUUAGAUCAGCACUCAUGCUUGCUGUAUAUCUUGACUCACCGGACAUAGUCAAGCUGCUUCUUGAGAAACGUGUUAAUGCCGAUUCUCGAGAUUUACAGGGAUGGUCUCCUGAAGUAUAUGCUCGUUAUAAAGGUUUUAAACACUAAGGAGAGUUUACCUUCUUCGCAUACUGGAGCAGGGAAUAUCCAAGAAAAGUUGCAGUUGUCCGGCAAGGAUAACGAAGAAGAAAUGGUUGUCGAGUUGGGAACCAGCAAUGGCAGCUGCAUGGAUUCACUGAAGAAAGUUGAGCAGAAGACGGAUUUAGUGGUUGAGGUUUCACCGAGUAAUGAAGAUAUCUCUGUCAUCAGUAUUUCACCCAAACAUGAUAUUGAUGAUGCACGGCCUCCAUCAGAUGAUGACUUAGAUCUUGCUCCUAAGAGUACCUCCAAGAUUCAACUAUCGAACUAUGUUGGUCAUUUAUCUGGAGCUGCAGGUCUAGGAGAAAAAAAUUCAUUAAGUGGACAAAUAGAAAAUUCGACUGAAAAAUAUCCUCACUUGAAGCCUGCAGUUGGAGUGAAAGAUUCUGUUCCUAAUAAAACAGGAGAAAUGAAGAAUUUACAAACAUUGGAAUCAGAUUCUUCAGACUGGGAUUCUACUAGUUUGAGCCUCAGUAAUGAGGCUGGUCAAAGAGCCGAGCAUUUGAAACUUGAUAAAUGUCCGUUGGUAUCACAAUCAGUGACCACAAACCAGUCAGCACCCACAGAACUGAGACAGACGGCCCUAGUAGGUAAAGACCGGAUGAAUAUUGGAGCCAUGUCUCUGUCAGAAAAUGCAGCGCGCCGUGGCCUGUGUGAAUCACAGCUGCCAGAGAACAGAAGCAGCAAAGAAGCAGACCUAGACUUAGAAAGGACAUCUGAGGAAAAGCAAGAAAGACUUGAUGGAAGUGAAAAUAACCACUCACAGGUUGAAGAAGAAAACAGGAACAAAAGUGGUGAACUGAAAGGAUCAGAAACCAUGUGUGAUGGCAGUUGUCAUAAAGAUUUAACUCAGCAGAGGAAGAGGGGAAAAACUGAUGACCAGCAGUUUCCUGCUCUGCAGAAAGGAGAUUCUGAUAGUAGCUGUCCUGGCUUGGAUAUGAAGGAAGUAAAGAAGAAUGAAAGUGGAAAACGGACAUUAAAAGCAUCUGUGACUUCACGUGUAUUUGCGAAGACUGCCUCACUGGCUGGUGGUCUCCUAUACCUGAAUGACAGCAGCAGUUUAAGUGAAGGAGAUCAAAGUGGUGGCAGGUCUUCAAAGAAAACGUCUACUAAAAAGGACAAGGUCAAAGAGCAGAUUAAUUCUGUGGAUGGCCUCGAUGACUUAACUCUGCCACCGGAAACAGCUUCCGAGGAUUGUGAGUCGCUUUACCCUAACUGUAAGGAUACCCUGAGGCUAAUCGAACAACUUGGCCUGGAGAGUGAAGAUUCUGAUAGGUUAUUGAAAAUUCAGGAUCCAGUUCAUUCAUUCAGAUCAAUAGAACCGAAAGAAUCUGACUAUGAACUACUUAGAGGAAAAAUUAAAGAAAUGGAAAAUAAGGUGAACUGGCUACAAACAGAGCUGUUGAAAACAAGAGAAGCAAAAUCACAGUUAAAACUUCAAAAUGUGGAGUGUGAACGAGAGCUCUGCAGCAUGAGAUUCAUGUUAAAACAAGAAACAAAGAAGAAGAAAAAUUAUUAUAUGUUAUAUGAAAACACUAAGGAUGAUUUAAAAAGAAAAGAGAAACAAUACAGUGAGCAAGUUUACCUGAACCAACAACUUGAAAACACUGUCCGAGCACUAGAAUGCAAACUGAAGAGUAUAAGGAAUAAACCGAAUCAGGUUUUAGAAGAGCGAAGUGACGCUCAGAGACAACUUUCUCGAGAGCAGAAUGCCGGAGUAAUACAAGAUGAAAUCCUGGCCCAUCAUCUUUCCCAACAAAAGGAGGCAGAAAAGGCUAAUGAGGAAAUGAAUGCUGAGGACACAAUGGAUUUUGAGCUGUCUGACUCAAAAGAUAACAGAGAGGUCCUUCCUCAGCAACUUUCUGAAGCUGAAAGUCAAUUCCGUGGCCAAGAAAUUGAGCUCCAUCCCAGGAGAGAUGCUCUUAGACCAACAACGUUGGUAUUAGAAAGUGUGCAUAGAGACCGAGGCCAAGCCCAGUGUUCAACCAAGCAAACUGAACCGUUGUCUCAGAGCAAAGAAGAAAAAGUCAACAAAUACAUUGGAAAGCAGGCAUUCUUGGAGAAGAGAGUAUGUGAACUACAAAAUGAAAACAUGUUGCUUCGACAGCAACUGGAUGUUGCUCAAAAUGAGGCCAAAAGUAAAAAGAUAAUACUUAAUAUCCCAGAGCCGUUUCCGGAUCACCUGGGAAAACUUGAAGCCAUGAGCAAACGAAUUCUGAUGCUGGAGGAAGGAAACAAGGAAUUAAUCGAUGAAUUCAAAUGUUUAAAGGACAGACUGUAUCAGUAUGUAACGGACAGAGCAGAAAUGGAAGCCCAUAUGAGACAGCUUCAACAAGAGCGGACUGACACCCGAAAGAAAGUGUCCAUGUUGGAAGCGUCCCUGGAGGUGACAGCACAUCAUCCGACUAACUCAGAAAAUAAGAGACAGGAUGGAGAGAGGAAGCCACAUCAAACUGCGAACCCAGUAUGUAUGAAAUCCAGCACGUCGGCCAAUGCUGAUCUUCCAGCAAAAGUGGAAUCUGUAUCUUCAGUACUUCUCCAUCUGAGUGCAGAAACUCAACUUCUAAAGGAGUUAUAUCUGUGAAAGAGAUGCAAAAGAAAUGUGAAACACUAGAGGAGAAGAAGUUGGGAGAAGAAGUAGCCUCAAAUGUCACCUAGAAAUGAAUACAGUGGAACGCAGUCAAGUAGAGCAGUACAAACGGGAGACUGAAAAGCGAGCAAGACGGGAUGUAGUAGAAAAACUGAAAGAACUCAGUCAAGUUGUGCAGUACAAAUGGGAGACUGAAGAGCAAGCAAGACUGGAUGUAGUAGAACAAUUGAAAGAACUCAGCCAGUUUUUACAGGCACAAGCAGCAUCUCAAGAAAACUCAUUAAGAGAGUGUAAACGUGCUUCAGUAAGUAAAAUGGAACGCAAAGUUAAAGAUCUGGAACCUGAACUAAAAAGUGAUUCUAAUGAAAACAGAUUGGAAAAGUACAAACAACUGUACCUGGAAGAGCUAGAAAAUAGAAUGUCAUUGGAAAGUCAACUAAACUCGGCUAAUGAGAGGCUGGCAGAGAUGAACACUAAACUUCAGAUGGAGAAACAGCACAAGAGUUCUUUCCUUGGCUUUGUUCCUCCAAGGCCUGUUGAUGGACCACCUUCUGCUGAAAAUUCUAGUAAUAGCGUAGAGCCCAAAAGGAAUCUUACUCGAAGAAGAAACUUCAGGAAUUUUUCAGAUCCUUCAACUAGCAUGAGCGAUCACUUGUUCAGGGUUAGUAUAUUAUCUUUUUUCCCUUGGGUUUCAGAUUUCUGAUAUAAUUCUUGUUUUUAAUUUGAUGAAAUUCUGAGUUGUUUAUUUGACUUAUGCACACUAAGUAGAAGCCAUAAUUAAUUGUGCUAAUAAAGAAAGGAGACAGAAAUUUUAUUUUUAAAGUCCCUGGACUUGUAAUUUUCAAGAGAUACCUGUCAUUAACUUUAUUCAAUAAAUGCAACUAAACUGACAAAUUUUAAAUUUCUUAAAAAGCUCCAUUUUAAAUUCUAUUUUAGAAAUUAAGUAUUAUUGCCUAAUAACUAGAGAUAUACUUUCCAAUGUUUGGCUUAGUGUCUGAUUGAUUUCGGUUUGGCAUUGGUUCAUAGUAAUUUUCAAGUUUUGCUGCACCCCAGUUUUUCUACCCCUAAGCAUAAGUAAAUGGCAUCGAGAUACUUAACCACAUAUGGAUAUUUUUUAUUUAAAGGAAUCCAAGAUAAAUUCUUUUUAUGAAUUCAAUAAACUUGUAACACUAAAAA